AUGGUUGUCUUCCGCCGGUGUCUCUGCCAUUCCCUCCAUCCCCUCCCCUCCUUUCUUGUGCCCCCCUUUUUUUUUUCUUUUUCUUUUUUUGUUUCCACCCGUGUCUGUGCACAUGUGAAGAACACAAAGCGACUGCCACAACAACACGCGAACACCGAAAAGAAAAAAAGAAAAAAUAAAAAAGAAAAGAAUUCACCUCUUCUUCUUUUUCCGAAACAGACGCAUCACAUCACUUCGCCAAUGUUCCGCACCACCGUCUCUGCUCUCAAGAAGCUGCAGCCGCUGGGCCAGCGUGUGCUGGUGAAGCGCACCCUUGCGGCGAAGCAGACGAAGGCCGGCGUGCUGAUCCCUGAGCAGGUUGCCGGCAAGGUGAACGAGGGCACCGUGGUCGCGGUUGCCGCUGCGACGAAGGACUGGACGCCCACCGUGAAGGUGGACGACACGGUGCUGCUCCCUGAAUUUGGAGGCAGCAGCGUGAAGGUGGAGGGCGAGGAGUUCUUCCUCUACAACGAGGACUCUCUGCUCGGUGUGCUGCAAGGCUGA